UUUUUGUCGACAUAUUGAAUAAACAAUUGUCUUUUUUUUUUAUAAAUAUAUAUUAUGAAUGAUAAGCAAGAGGAAUUAAAAACCACUUUAUUAAACCCUGUGGCGUCUUCUUCAAAGAUUAAAAGACAUGUACCACCCCUUUUAUCACUUCCAGAGUGUUUAGCCUACACUUGCCCUGAACAGAGUAAUUCCGAUCUUUCAUCAUCGACAGCAGCAGGAACAACAGAUCAAGACAAACAAUCUUUUCUUAUCACACGUCUUCCAAAGGCCAUGAUUCAUCAAUGGAAGCAAAUCUCUUCUUUUCGUCAGCAUUCAGUCAAAAGUCGAUUAUCAAGCAAUGACAUAAAGGAUCAAAAGAGAUUAUACAGCUAUUACCAUGAUCCGAAUAUCUCCCCUUGUUCGACAGCAGUGGCAGACGAAGAGAAGGGAUAUUUUCAUAUUCAUGCAGCACAAAAGAUAAAAAAGACGCCCCGUGGACGAAUAGCAGCAUUAGUGAUGAUCUUGUUUGGUUUUCUUAUUGUUAUUGUGUUUAUUAUUAUGGGAUUAGGCAAAGCGACAGAAUCAAAUGAAGACUCAAUAGAUAGCAUGCAAAAUAGUACCGUCAGUGCUUCUUUUGUCGAUGCCAACAAACUCAUGAUGAUGCCUACAACUCAUCUACCAAGUCAGACCAACAGUCAAACUGAACUCAUGCCAACACCGAUCCAUGAUACAGUGACGAGAUUUAUUCUUAUUGAGGAUGCAUCUGUACUAAACCAAAUUAUCACUCAAGCAGGAGUCACACCAAGUUAUUUACCAAUACCGAGCUAGUGUCUGUUUCUUUUACUUCAUCGUUGGACAUAUGCGUGUAUAUUUAAUAAAAACAAAAGGAGAUAAUUUUUCUACCUUCUUUAAAGUUUAU